AUGUUCCUUGGUGUUCGGAAUGCCUUCAUCCGAUCCUCGCAUCGUCUCCUAUCAUCUUCAAAGAAGCCACGUGGCGCACCUCCACCGAAACCGGAUGUUGAUAUCUAUACGAAUCCGACCGGGACAUAUUUGGACACCUUCAUGAAAUAUCAUGGAAACGAUCGAAGUGUAUUCAAAAAAGAGGAUAUCGUUCAAUGGAUCAAUAGUUUCGAUGAGUACACAUUCAAACUGACAUGUCUGAAAGGGACUGAUAAGGCGAUUGGAGUAUCCCAUUUUUGUACUUUUUACCCCAUCGAAGGUUCUGGAAAUCUGGAGCCAAUUGUGUUCACGGGAUUCGGAUGGACCCAUCCUGAGCAUCGACAAAUGCAAUAUUUGAAACUUCAACAUGAUAUUUGUUAUGAGGUUAUUCCGAGUGAGAAGAUCAAUGUCAUUUCUCAUAUCAAUGAACCUGCCCGAAAAUUCUGGCACCUGAUGAUUGGGCUCAAGGAGAAUGAAGGUAUCGGUCAUAAAACCGCUGAUGUUCAAUACAAAAGUGUCUACGAUUCCAAGAAUCUCGUGGUCCCAUCGGAUUUGGAUACGAAAGGGAUUACGGUAAAAAGUGCCAAGGAUGUUCCAGCCAAGGAAAUCAUUGAAUACGAUCAAACGAUUCAUCCAUAUCACCGUGAGAAGUACAUCAUCUCGCAUAUGUACGAUCGUGACGGAUUCGGGAAAGUGGCGUAUGAUGAGGAUGGAAAAGUGAUUGGAAUUGGUCAAGCGAUCAUUUAUAACAACAAGAAGGACUGUAAUCUGGGACCGAUCUAUGCUGACGAGCCACGUGUCGCCCAGGCAAUGUUCAAGGAGAUGUUACAGGAUAUUAAGGAUUCUGGAAAGUUCGUUUCCCAAUUUGAGAUAAGAUCCACACAGAAAAGUGUCAACAGUUUUCACUGGAUGGACGCCUUCCUUCAAUGCGAACCCAACCGUUCCCACGUCUAUAACCUUGUCUAUAAGCACUGGGCACCCAAAAACGUUGGAUUCGACAAGGUCUACUGUCCCACUCAUGCUCAACUCUUCAUUGUGUGA